AUGAACGUUGACCAAUGCCAGUGGCCGAAGAAGAUGAUGGGUAGGGGAGUGGACGGAGGUUGUGGAGCUGAAGAGAAGCCUUGUCGCCCAUUUCGUAGGGCUGCGUUAGAUAAGGAUAAUGGGAACAAGGGGUUUGAGGAUAUGGGUUCGUUGGAAAUUGGUUUCUUAGCUCAGGCUAACAAGAACCUCUCUGAGAGGUCUCCGUUUGAUCUUCCUGAAGAUGGUUCCACUUCAGGGUUAACUGUGCCUACUCUACCCGUUGGCUUAGCUAAUUUGCUUAACCGUACUGAUAACAAGAAAAGGCACAAGAAGUCUCAUUCUGGUACGGAGAAUAAGAAGAACAAGUCUUCUAGGCAAGGGGAUAAGUUGAGAAGUGGCAGUAUCUGGGUUGAGCAUGAGGACUACUUUAGGCGCUUAGAAUUGCCUGAUUUAGAAACGUUGUCAGAUUUAGUAUCUCUACGAUCUUUAUCUUCUAGAAACUGCUUUUCAGUUCCAUCGGUGGAAUACGAAUCUAUUGAUAUCCAACAGAGGGAAACCGAUGCUAGUGCAAAGAAUGAGGAUGUUGUUUGUGCAGAUGGCGUUGUUCUGGAAGAAAUUAAGAACGCUCUCAUUAAAGAUAUAUCUGAAGGCACAGUAAACAAAGAAGAGGUAAACGAGGAUGUUGUUCAGCCAAUGGGUGUUGACAAUGUGGGGGAUGAAAUUUCAUCUGCGUCAGACUAUUCUGGUAGUUUAGAAUGGGUUUUAGGUAUUAGAAAUAGGAUUUUGUUGACAUCGGAAAGGCCCUCCAAAAAGCGGAAGCUUCUUGGUGGUGAUGCAGGUUUGGGCAAAUUAAUGGUUGCGGCUCCUUGUGAAGGGAACACAUUGUUAUGUGAUUUUUGCUGCACUGGUGACGCCAAGGAAUAUCAUCACCAGUUAAUUGUUUGCACCUCCUGCAAAGCUACAGUUCAUAAAAAAUGCUAUGGCCUGCUUGAAGAUUCAGAUAAAUCGUGGUUGUGCUCUUGGUGUGAGCUGGAGAAUGGUCGUGUUGAUUCAGAAAGACCAUGCUUGCUAUGUCCAAAAAAGGGUGGCAUCCUGAAAUCUGUUCUCUCAAAAACUGAGAAUGGUGGGCCGGUGGAGUUUGCUCAUCUGUUUUGUUCUCUGUGGAUGCCUGAGCUGUAUAUAGAAGACUUGAAAAAAAUGGAGCCCAUCUUGAAUUUGCAUGGAAUAAAAGAAACUCGGAGGAAGUUAUUGUGUAACUUGUGCAAGGUGAAAUCUGGUGCUUGCAUUCGCUGUUGUAAUGGAUCAUGCAGAACAUCAUUCCAUCCUAUAUGCGCAAGGGAGGCAGGGAAUAGACUAGAGGUCUGGGGAAAACAUGGGUGUGAUACUGUUGAACUGCGAGCUUUCUGCUCAAAGCAUUCAGAUAGUCAAGAAAAUGGAAAGUCCGUAGAGGGAGGAGAAAGUAAUGCUGUUGAUAGUCGUUCUCCUAUAUGUCAUCUUCCGUCAGAACCUGUAAGAGAAGGUCACCUUUGUAAUGAUGAGAUGGGACUUGACUUAGGAACACCGGACCACGUUGGAUCAGGAAUGACUGUGAGAAGCAACGAAGAUGAAAGAACUCUAUCCAAGUCGCUUAGUUUUGGAUUGAUUCUGAAAAAGUUGAUCGACCUGGGGAAAGUGGAUGUGAAGGAUGUGGCUGCAGAGAUUGGGGUCAAUCCUGAUGCUUUGAGUGCCAAACUUACGGACGGAGACUUGUUACCUGAUAUACUAGGCAAAGUAGUUAAAUGGCUUAGCCAGCAUGCACACAUGGGUUCUGGGAAUAAAGGCGAAAAUUUGAAACGUAAGAACACUAGUAAAUCUGAGCGUCGGGCUAUCUGUACUGAAGGCAUAGUGAUGCUAGAUUCUGAAAUCUUAGAUCCUGCUGUCACUAAGGCUUAUUCUAUUGAGCGAACACUUGAAAGCAACAUUUGUAAUAAUACGGAGAAUAAUACAAUAUGUAUGUUAACUGAAAAUUGUACUGGUAAUGGUAUUAUGGUUGAUGAAGCUAAAGCCAAUGGAUCAGUUUUGACGAAUGAAGGAAGUGUGAGCUUGGCACCUGGUCAUUCUCCAGAAGAACAGAAAUCAAUAGGGAUUGAUCAGGAAGUUAAUGAUGGGAAAUUUUCAGUUCUUCCUUCUGAUGAUCAUGGACAACGAUCAAACUCCAGUUCUUCUGGUGUCAUGCUGAAGAAUGCCAUUUCCUUGGGGCCAAAUAGUUCUCAGAAUCGUGGAAAUUUGAACUGUCCAACCCCCAUUAUCUUGGAUCUCCUUGAUCAUGAAGCAUAUCCUGGUUUCAAUCCUCAUCCUUAUAUCCUCAAAGAAUUGUCAGAACUGGGCAAGGGACAGACCCUGAAAAGCAGCAGGGAUUCUGAUGUGGCUAGGGUGUCAACCAAAACUGAUGGCUCUGAAGAAGGAAACAAACAUCUGCAGGGCGCUGGCGAUCACACUAUCUGUAGUAAUCUCCAAAAUCAGAGUGCACACUGUGGAGACACAAUUCGUCAGUUAUCUAAAGCUAGGAAAUUGGGCAUACUGGAUAUGUCUCCUGAAGAUGAAGUGGAAGGGGAACUUCUAUAUUAUCAGCUUCAGUUACUUGGCACUGCAGUUUCAAGAAAGGAACUUUCUGACAAUUUAGUCUAUGAAGUUGCCAAAAGAUUGCCUCUGGAGAUUGAUGAACAACAUGGACGAAGAUGGGAUGAUGUUCUGGUAAACAAAUAUUUCCAUGAUGUCAGGGAAACAAGAAAGCAAGGUAGGAAAGAGAAAAGACACAAACAAGCCCAGGCUGUACUAGCUGCUGCUACCGCUGCAGCGGCGACAUCUUCUAGGAAUACAUCGCUUAGGAAAGAUAUGUCAGAAGAACAAGCACAGCAAGAGAUAAGCACUUCUAGACGUAAAGUUGUUGGUAGCUCUCAUCUAGUGCCACAAACAAAGGAAACACUGCCGAUUCUCAGAAACAUGGGGCAGAGGAGCUAAAAAGUCUCAAGCAUUAUAGGGUUGAACUUGAGAGGUUACGCCUUCUGUGUGAGCGGAUAGUCAAGAGGGAGAAAUUAAAGCGAGAGUUGGCUAUUUCUUCGCAUGAAAUACUUGCUGCCAAAAGGGAUCACGCUGCACGUUCAUUACAUGUACGUAAUCCAUUUUCUCCUCCAGAAGUUUCGUCGGACUCAGCUACAACAUCAGUAAAAGGUCAUCCUGAUAGUAAUAUAUCUGGCAGUGAAGCAAUACAGAGGUCAGAUGAUAUCACCAUUGACAGCACAGUCUCUGUUAAGCGCCGUGGCAAAGGUCCCAUGUUAAUGGACACCGAUCAGAAAACCGAUGACAGUGCUACUUCCAAGAGUCGGUUUUCCCGUAAGCCAACCGAAAGACAGAUAUUUUCUGGGAAAACCGUUCCCCGAAAACAUUGUAUAGUCUCACCUAGUGUUUCAGAGGAUGGAGAUAAAGGGUCAAAGCCUAAGAAGCAGCAUGUAGAAACAUUUGCAAAAGAGCUGGUGAUGACAUCAGAUGAAGCUUCUUUCAAGAACCGACGGCUCCCAAAGGGUUACUUUUAUAUUCCUGUUGAUUGCUUUCAGGAAGACAAGCCGGGAAACCAGAGGGCAGCUUCAUCUGACAAGCCAGCGAACCAGAAGACAUCUUCAGGUGAUCAGUCAGGCAAAGACGGGUAAAGCUGAGAACACAAUAUGCGCCCAUAGCUCUUACCCUAGUUAGAUAGUGGCCAUUGGUGGACAUCACCUUCUGCGCCCUAACCAGGAUUCACCAACUGGCUUGAAGCAAAAAGAACCGAUGGUAUUGCUACAAAAAAGCUGAGGCUGCAACUGAGACUCGGCUAAAAUACAGUUAAAAGGGCAUUGUGAAGCUUUUGGGUACUGAUACAAACUGUGCCUAUGGCAAUGUGAGAUUUGAGGGUAACAUCUCUAAUUCUCUAUAGAAAAGAGGCUUCAGAUUGGAUUAAGGGAAGUGAGAAAAAAGCUCCCUAUUACCAUAUAAAGAAGGAUCGGUCACGUGUAAUUCUGUUUGUAUAAAGGAGCGGAAAAAGGGGUUGCAUAAGUGUAUAUAUUCAUCAAGUGUGUCUAAAAUCUGACCAAGGGAAUAAUAGUUGUCUGGAAAUUCUUUUAGUUAUGCGUUUUCUUAA